UUAACUCUGUGGCCUGGUACUAAAAGGGCCAAAGUACGUUUUUGUAUGAAACGAGAUUGUAAUGCCAGUUUAUUGUAAAAGUAUGAUAUUUUUUUGUGCUAAAAGGACGUUAGUGUAUUAACAAUCUUUCAAAAGUUACUAUGUAAAAAAGGCCAAUGUAGUGUGCGCUUUCAUACUGUUAAGUAAAAAAAUAAAAAUGAUAAAAGGGCUGAAGUAUACUUAAGCCGAUAAGAAAUUAUUAUUUUUCACUUUCCUAGUAAUAGGGUAAGAACUAAAACGAUCAAAGUUAACAUUAGCCCUUUUUUGUGAUAUAAUUUUAGUUUGCUGCUUUAUAUAUAUCAAAGCAAAAUGGACCAAUGUAUACAUUGGUCCAUUUUGCACUAAGCCAGUAAUAUUUUUACUAAUAUCCAAAUGUUAAAAAGACCAAAGUAAUGGUUGAAGAAUUUCCAAAAGAGUCAACUAAGGUUGUCAAUGGGUUGAGUAGACGCCAAUGGACCCGAAAAUACUUCUUCACUAAUCAAAGUGAAACUAGAACUGAACUAUGUCAAACUAUGUUCCUUAGUACAUUAUCAUUAUCAUUGAAAAAAGUAAGAGUAAUUGUUGAGAAAAAAAGGAACUCAGAGGUAGGAAUACUUUCUGAAGAUCAGCGAAGAAGGCACCAAAAGCAGAAAAGAAUUAGCGAGGCCACUAAGAUGGAAGUAGACAAAUUUAAGUUGCAGUUGGAAGUGGAGCCUAACUUAGAAAAGAAACAAGAAAUUAAGGCAGAAAGAUAUGAAAAUGAAAAGCUGUAUGAGUCUUCAUAUGCUGAGAAAAAAAGAGACACUGAAAAAGCUAAAGUAAAUGACAAAGUUAUAACACUGUCUUUUGACUUACAGAAGUGUCUUUCAACACCUUAUUGAACAGCAGGGUUCAGUUUUUAUAAGCGACAAUUAUGGACCCUGAACUUAACAAUUUAUAGAGUAUCACAAUCAUCAGCUGAUGCAUAUUGUUUAUUAUGGGAUGAAACAAUUGCUGGUAGAGGAGGACAAGAAAUAGCUUUUUGUUUAUAUCACAAUCUGAACACCCUGCCUAAUAACAUAGGCGAAAUUAACAUGUAUAGUGACAGCUGCCCAGGACAGAAUCGAAAUAUUUAUGUUGCUAUUUUGAUCAUGUAUUUUAUAGAAAACUCUAUCAACUCACCAAGCAAAACCUUAAGUUUUUAGAAACAGGCCACACACAUAUGGAAGCAGACACUAUACAUGCUUCUAUAGAAAAAGCUAAAAAAAACUGCAAUGAAAAUAGAAUUACCAAAAGACUGGGCAAACCUAAUCAGAACUCCAUAGUAACCCAAAAAUAAAUGUUGUAGAAAUGCAACAGUCACAGUUCUACAACUUCCAAAAACUGCUCACUACACAAUACGUACACCGAAAGAUAAAUUCAGUGAAAUAAAAGGUCAAUUUGAAUAAAAUAAAAUGGAUACAUUGUAGAAAAGUAGAUCCAGGGGUAUUAUACUUCAAAUACUCAUUUGAUGAUAGUAAAGAAUUAUUCAAAGUGCCAAGUUUAAAAAGAAACCGAAAUAUGACACAUUCACAAUCAGAAGAUACUGCACCAGUUAUAGCACCUCUCAUGCCCCUAAAUCAGAGACCUAUUAAACUCCCUGCACCAAAAGUCAGAGACCUGCAAUCAUUUCUGGAGUACCUCUAACCAUCCAGCCGUCCAUUUUAUGAGUCUUUGGAAACUGGCCCCGAAAUGGAGGAUAUUGUGUCAUGUUCUGAUGAAGAAAAUUAAAAAUAUUGUAAUCUCUCCUUAAUAAAAUUUCUUAGAAAAACAACAUUGGCCUUUUUAAUUUUAUACAUAAUUGGGAACUAACAUAAUAAUUGUCAUCAGUGCUAAAGGGGUUUAAGUUGUUAAUAUUUUCCAAAAUAUAAUUUUUUUCUUAAAUUAGAA